UAGUGUUAAGAAAAUAAAACUAUUUUUUAGUUUAAUUUUUUAUUGUUUAUCGCGCGUCAACUGCCUGAAGGAAUUAGUGUCGCCAUCGGCUGGUCGUUUCAUGUAAUUAUAUGUUACAUCGGUACACCUCUGACAAUUUUUCAUUGGGUUAUAAUAUAAAUUAUAUACUUUCUUGAUUCAUGUCAUAAAUAUUUAAAAGUAAAAUUAUCCCUCUUGCAACAUUCGUAAUGUUGUAAUUUUCCUGAAUACGAGAUAUAAAAAUCUUCUUGAAAGGAAUUAUUGAAUAUUAAAUUAUGCGAUGUUUAUAAUAUGAUUUUGAAGGUAAAGAAAGGAAAAUUUAUUUUAAAACAUAUAAUAUUUUAAUUCUCCUCUAUUUAUAAUUACUAUUGUAGAUGAUAAUCUUAAAUUAUAUAUACCGGGGAAAAUUUUCUACGAAAGUAUUUGUACAACCGUGUAGUCUGAUUUCGAAAUUUAAAAAGAGAUGGUUCACACACGAUUAUUGUGGAACACAGUUGACUCGGACGAACAUUUUUAUGCAAGAAGGUAAACACAUACAAGAGGUUCCUUUAAUAGUCAGAAAGAUUACCAACAUCGAAGCUCUUUUCGGCAAUGAAAGCAAAGAAGAUACAUCGAUAUCAGAUAAAAAUAAAAAGUCUACGAUAAUUUAUAAGGAAGAUAUUCCUCGUUUCAUCAACACAAACGUGAUGAAGACCGAGUCUUUGAAGCAUAGUAUUAGUAUAGAGACAAAUGAGGGUACGGCAAUACUUUUCUAUCCCAAUAUUGAGCGCCUUAGAAAUACAGAUGUAGAACAGGUUUUAGAUACGAUCAGAUCGGGGAGCACCAAUAAAGAAAUGUAUCCUUUAAAGAAGGACAAGACAGCCGAUGAGAUGAGCUGUCGAAUAGCAUUUCAAAACUUAAAAAAAAUUAUAGAUUUAGAAAAUGGAUGGUAUCGAUAUCGAAAAACCCUGACAAGUGGUCAAUCGUCCGCGGAAAUCGUCAAUAGAAAUAUUAUUCUGCGACAACUUGUACAUCUGAUUGUCAAAAGCCGAGACAGCGAGAUGAUACUGCAAGGACUGAGAGCGCUGAAGAGAGACAGAUUUAGUCCUUCGAUGAACGUUUACAAGGACUUGAUGUGCAACGAAGUUAUGAUUAGAGCUACGGACGGCAAGUUUAGCGUGUCGCAAUUAAUCAGAGCGGUGAAAAUCUUGGCUUCUUUAAGAGAUUCCAAAUACAGAAACUGCGUCGACAUGUUGUGGAUAGGUUUGGCGUGCCGGGAGCAGGAUAUUAAAUCGGAUCUGCUGGUGCCGUUAUUCAGAUUUUUAAAAUAUUUCCAACAAAGUAAAGACAUGGUACAGAUUAUUUUGGAGAAGAAACUUUCGGAGCAGUGGUUGAAGCUGUCCGGCACGCAGAUGGCUAAUAUAUUAGAUUGCUUUCACGGGAAAGAAUGUCCAAAGGGAUGCCUGUCAAGUGCUAGUAAGUGGGCAGGUGUUAGCAUGACUACUUCCACGGAGAAGGAUCUCGUUAAUUUUAUUAGCGGUUUACGUGCGAAGAAAUAUAUUGAUGAAAAUAUCGAACAGGCGAUGGCGAGAUAUAUAACGACUAGAAGCACUGAGACAAAAGAUUCUAAUUUAAUCGCUUCCAUUAUGGAUUAUUGCAAAGAUUUAAGAGUCAGGAAUCCGUAUAUUCUUGCUGAAUGUGGAAAAUAUUUCAUUAGACACGGGAUGGAAAUUUCGCCUACUUUGUUGUCUUCCAUUCUUACACCGUUUGGAUUAUUGAAUGUACAACCACCGGAUCCUACCGAGUUUUGGAAAAUAUUCAAUAAAGUAAUAUCCGCGAGAUUCGCAGAUUUAAAACUGAACGAUGCUUUAGACAUUCUUCUCUCUUGCAUGUAUCUCGAAAAAUAUCCCAUCAAAUAUUUGGAUAGAAUUUUUAGUUCGUAUUUGGUAAACAGACUAGAAAUUCAAAGAGAAUUCGCGCCUAGUAUUAAUUGCUUGAAAACUAAAUUAAAGUUGUUUGAUGCGAGUAUGUCGUUAGAAUGUAAAGAUUAUCAGGGCGAUCCGAUUAAUUUAGACAGAAGCGCGAAAUCCUUAAAUUUGGACAUGAGAAUCAGGGGUAUUGUUAAUAAAAUAUACAAACCGCUGGCGCAUUUAGUAGGUGACGAACAAAAGUUGAGCAGGAACGUAAUUUUAAACAAGUUGCCUCUCAUAAAUUUUUACAUUUUAGAUAUUUUAGUACAUCCAUUCUUAAAAUCAACCUCAGUUUUCAACUUAAAUUUGCACAAAAAAAGAAACGCCAAUACUGCAAUUCUGAUUCAAUUGCCCGAGUACUAUUGUUGGAAUACGCGAUUUUUAAUAGGACCGCAGAUAAUGAGAAAACGGCAAAUUCGAAAAUUGGGUUUUCGGGUUACAUGCUUGGAUUAUGCAAAACUAGCAAAACUCGUAGAUCACGACGAUAAAUUGUUAUCUUAUUUGUCGCAAAGCUUAGACGGUGCCGAAGAUGCUUUAUAACUUCGUAUUUCGCGUUUGACACGUAAAUUAAUAUAAAUUUGCGGAUGAAAUUG